AUGGCCUGCAGAGCCUAUCCCUCUCUUGUCAACAUCCUUGCACCUGCCCUCGCCUCUGCUCCACCCCACCAAUGGCAACGACUUCCCAAAGAUCAUCGCGGCUCGCGUCCUUCCACCAAGCCCCAUGGCUCGCGUCCUUCCUUUGAGCACCACGGCUCACGUUCUUCCUUUGAGCAACAUGGCUUGCGUUCUUCCUUCAAGCACUUUGACUUGUGUCUCUCCGGGCAUUACGGCCUGCGUCCUUCCUCCCAGCAUCACGUCUCGCGUUCCUCCUCCGAGUAA